CAUGAGGUUGGACAAAAAAGCAGAUCUCAAUGAAUUAAGUCAUCAAAUGAAAUUGAACAUCGCACAACUAAAAUCUUUACUCGGAAUCAAAAAUAAGGAUGGAGAUUUUGACCUUGGUUCAAUUGAAGAAUUGUCUUUUUUUAGGCAGUGUGACAAGCAACUAACUACUUGAAGAUUGUCUUUCUUUCUUAUUGUGUGACUAAAAUCAUCUCUCUUCUAACGUUUUUCUCUGUGAUCAGUCAAGUGAUGUGAUUGUUGAUUUCUGGUACGGGUAAAAGUUUUAAUUCUGUGUUGGAUCAUAAAGAAGAAGAAUUAAGAUUGUUGCAAAAUGAUAUUUCCAAACUACAUGGACUUUAUUUAAAAAAUAAGAGUUAUCCUUCACCGAGACGGUCUUUGAGUUCACCUUCAACUCCAAGGAAGCUGAGCACUUCAUUGAUGUUAGAGAGUUCAACCUUUGUUGGAAUUCCAUCAAAAUCUUCCGCAUUUUCUCCAAGAUUCUCAACAUCCUCGUUACCUGGGAAGGACUUGGAACAAAGGGAGCUGGAGUUUGAUAUGUCGCUUAGGAAAUUCAGCCGUGAAAGUGAAAAUGCUUUUACGAGGAGCAGCGACAGAUUGAGUAGAGAUUAUGAGUUGAGGAGGAAAUCAUCUUCUUCUCAGUCAUCCUCACUCAAGUCGAGUCCAAGGAAUUUGCAAAAUCGUGACUCCAAUCUUUCCUUGUCACAAUCGUCAUCAAAUAAGAGAAAAACAAGUGCUAGAAGCUUUACAGAUAUUGCAGAGAAUUCAACAUGUUCAAGUAAAAAGAGUCAAAAUCGACCUUAUGUUGGAGCACAAAGGCCGCUGAAUAAGACUCAAAUAAUCAAAGUUAGAUCAAAAUCAGAUUCACAUCAGCCAUUGUCAGGAAAUACGAACAACAACAAUCAUGAAAGGUCUAAACAGUCAAAUUCUGUCGCAAGUGAAAUCCGAAAACCUCAACCUAGAAAACAGAGUGGGCCCAUAUCUUUAGCUAGCACAUAUGUGGAUACAUCAACAAAUGAUGAUGUUUCUAGUAGUGAUUAUGAUGAGAGUUCAUUGAGUACCGAUCCUGAGGAACCUCGAACUGAACAUUCGCUUCGAAGCAGUGGGAGAAAGAAGAUACAGCAAACAAACAAGAGUAAAAAUAGAAAUGAUGCUGUGAUUAAAUUUGAGGAAGUUGAAAGAAAAUUAUCAAUGCUGCAACAACGAUGUGAUCUGUUGGAAAACGAAAACGACAAAAUUAAAAAAGAACAACAUGCAAAGAACAAUAAAAAGAUUGUCGACUUGAAACAUCAGAAUUCACAACUUGUUAGUGUCGCAAGAAGGUUAGAACAGAAAGCAAAAGCUCUGCAAUUGGAAAAUAAUAAAAAAACUAGUGAAACUGUUGGUGGGGCUCAGGAUCUCAUCCAGCAAAAGAAAACUUUUGCCAAACUCAAAUCAAGAAUGGAAACUGAACAUUCUAGAGCUAUCACAGAAAAAGAGCAUCAAAUUGAAACCUUGAAAAAACAAAUUGAUGAUCUGAAGAAAGCACUUCGACAAUCUAAUAAUAUCAAGUUUUCUCAGGGUGCUGAUGAUACACUCGCAUCAUCGUUGAGAUUAGCACAGAAAGAAUCUCUUCAAUUGCAAAAACUUGCUGCUGCUGGAAAUAAGAAGGUUACUAUACGUUCCUUGUCGAUGCCAGUAACAGCGCGUCAGAAAAUUUUGGAAGAAUCGAAUAGAAACUUAAGGCGACAAUUAUCACAACUUGAAGAAAAGUAUCGGCAAGCCUGUAAUGGCUCAUGUACAGAAGAUUUGAAAAUAGAACUUGAAGACUAUAAACAGAAAUACGAGAAUUUGGAAAAAGAAUCAAAAGAAGCAAAAUUACACACUGUGAAUUUAGAAUCAGAACUACAGAUAGCAAAAGUUGAGUCAAGUGAUACAAACUUACGAUUGAGUGAACUAAAGAAUUCAUUUAGCCAGCUUGAAGAAGAAUACAAUACUGUGCAUGAACAACUUUCUGUAGCAAUCAAAGAACGAGAUGCAGCAAUAAAACAGUGUAAAGAAAGUGCCACAAAAAUCAAUGAAAUGGAACUUUGUAUCAAGUCAAUGGAUAAUCAUGUUGGAGGAGGUGGUGAUAAUGGUAAAUGGACAAAAAUGAAUAACAAAGCUGCAUCACAAUAUCAAAUUGCUUUAGAGAAGUUACAGGCUAAAAUUGCGGAGUUGGAAAAACAAUGUCAUGAACAGAAUGAAACAAACAGAUUAUUGAAUGAACAACUCAUUAAAUUGAUGAAAAGUUCAACACAAACGUCACCUGUUGAUCAUGAAGUGAAAGAAACAACACAUGAAGUUGAAACAGAAUUGUCUCCUUAUACGCAAGUCCACAAACUUCCAACUUUUACAACGGAACUUGAAGCGCCUGCUUUACCAGUGCAGUCAGCUAAAAUCAAUGCUAACAAUGUGAAUGGUAUCCAAACAGGGUAUCACGAAGAUAACAAGCACCAAUUACCAAGAAACAAAGCACAGCAUAACGUUGGAGGUAAUGAAGAUACAGAAGUAGAAGAUUUCUUAGAGGAAGAACUCACUCAAACAAUGGAUCAUAAUGACGGUGGAAAAUUACGAGUCUAUAUUGCCAAAUAUACAUACAACCCUUAUGAAGGACCAAAUGACAGUCCAGAGGCUGAGUUACCUUUGGUUGCUGGUGAUUACGUCUAUGUAUAUGGAUCAAUGGAUGAAGAUGGAUUUUUUGAAGGUGAAUUAAUGAACGGAAGAAGAGGUCUUGUGCCUUCUAAUUUUCUUGAACCAGUACAUGAUGAUGGCCAUAAUAUGAUGAAUGGAAAAUCUAUAUCAAAAGCAGAUAACUCUGGAUCAGCAAGAUGUACAAGUAGUGAAAUAAGCCAGAGUGAAAGCAUCAUCAGUAGUUGUACGAGUGUUGGAAGUGGUAGAAUCUCACAACGUGGUGAUGUAUCUGAUUCAAACAUGCCAGUUCAAAUCCAUGGUGUACUUCCAUAUCCUAAGAAACUUCGAAUUGACAAGCAGUUAUCUCACAGCUUGAUUAUCAGUUGGAUACCACCUCAGUUAAAUGAAGGCGAAGCAAUAGAUGAAUAUCAUGUCUUUGUAAACAGUGAAUUUAAAACUGCUGUCAAUGGAAAGAAACAUAAAGCUGUUGUUGAAAAUAUUCGACACGAUCAACCUUAUCGAAUAAGCGUUUGUACUGUGUCGCAGUGGGGUAUCUCUGAUGAAAAUAUCUGUGUGUUGUCACACGGCAGAGGAGCUGAUUUAGCACCAACUUCAAUUCGAAUGGAGAAAGUUGGAGCCUCUAGUGCUCGUGUUGCAUGGACACCAUCAAGCAGUCAACAAUGUCAUAUUGUCUCAGUUGAAGAAGAAGGAACAGAAAGAUUUUCUCCAAGAAUGAAGAAUCCACCUCAUAUGUCAUACACUGUGUCACCGCCUGCAUAUCGUUUUACUUUCGGUAACUUGCGUCCCAACAUUCACUACAAAGUUGUUGUUAACGUUAAAGGAUCACCAGAUGAACCUCGGAGUUUCACAAGAUUCAAGACACCAGAAGCAGGACCUCCUGAUCCUCCACUUAGUGUUCAGAUUGAAGAAUGUCAGAAUUCUAAUUAUCUUCUCAUCACAUGGUUGCCUGUUACACUCAACACUCUUGGUACUUCGAAUGGAGUUGUAGUAAAAGGGUAUGGAAUACAUGUUGGUGAUACCAAAGUAUGCGAUGUACAAUCACCAACUAUUGAUCAAUGUACAAUAAGGACUCAAACUCUGGCUGAUGCAUUUGGCAAACAACUGUCAACUGGUCCAGACUUAUCUUUCUAUAGACUCUCUAAGCCUUCUAAAUCUGUAUUGAGGUGGAAUAAACAUGUUCCUCCUUCAAUUACCAUAAAAACAUAUGCUGUAAAUGGACAGGAAUCAGAUCAUUCUGACCCUUGUAUUAUCUCACAAGAAUUAUAUAAUCAAUUGAUCGAAUUAAUCAAGGAACAUGCGAAAUUGUCAUCUCCUAAACCAAGUGAAGCAAAAGGUCGUAGGAGACCGCCUUUAAUGAGAAGCGUUGAAAGCACUGACCUUGACGUGUCUUUUUCAAGUGAUAUUUCUAUGCCUGGACUAAGUACACCCAGACUUAACGAUGGUGCCAAAGAAAAUCGACGGAGUGGUUCUUCCAAUGAUGGGUCUGGGUAUCGUAAAUCUAAUGAAAAUAAAACCGGUACAUUGCUGCAAACUCGUGUUGUACCUUCCAUAGAAAUAACUCACGAUACAAGCAGUGAGGAAGAUCCUGUUGCUACCAAUGGUCUCGGAAGUCGAUCAAGCAGCACAAAAUCACUCGGAAAACGACAUUUUCAUAAAGAAAACUCAAACGCAACAAGAACGAAAAAUAAUGUCACAGAGAACCAUAAAUCUUCAUAUAAAAAUUCCGACAAUGAUGAUGCUGUCUCUAUUUCAUCGAGUCACACCAGCUCAUCCACUGGUGGUGGCGAUAGCACAAAACAUAAAAAAUCAAAUUCAGUUGCACAUCGAGCUGCUCGUGCUAUUCAAACACAUAAAUUGCAAAGAGGAGAAAGUGCAGAGUAUUCAAAUUCAGAGGAUUAUAUGCCAUUCAAUGUCAUUGGAUCUCGGAAAAAUUUGAAUCCACCAGAGACAGAGAAACGCUCAACUGUACAUCCCCAAUCUCCUGAGUACAUUCGUAAACAGCAACACAGACAUCAUCAUAAUAUAAGACAUACUGGAAAACGUCCACAUUCUGUUACGAGCGAUGAGCAUUCACAAGGUUCACACCAUUCUCAAUCUUCAUCACGUCAUGGUCAUGGAUAUUUAUCUCAUGGUAGACCAACAAAUAGUCGCCGAAAUGUAAUCAGGCAAUCAACUAUGAGCAGCCAGAGUGGAAGUGAACUUGCAUCAGAAAUUGAGCCAGUGUAUCCAGUUGACAAGAGCAAAGUUAGCUUGUAUGUUGCAUUAUAUAGCUAUGAUCCACAGAUGAUGUCACCAAAUACUGAUACCUUUGAUGAAGAGCUUAGCUUCACUGAGGGUCAAUUAAUCAAGAUUUAUGGAACCAAAGACGAUGAUGGUUUUUAUUAUGGUGAAACUCACACUGGUAAUCUCGGCUAUAUACCUUGCAAUAUGGUCUCAGAAGUAGAAGUUGAAAAUAUACAAAUGUUGAAUGACCUUUAUGAAAGAGGUCAUCUACCAUCUGCGUCUCCUGAUGAAGAUGAACAGAGCACAAGUGAAACAAAAACUAAAAGUGGGGCAUCACAAGUUCCAAAUGGUUCUGAUGAACCAGACAGCGGAAAACCGGGAGGAAAAACAAGAUAUUUUGUUGCUUUAUUUGACUACGAUCCAACACACUUAUCUCCAAAUAUUGAUGUUGAUGUGGAAAUUAGUUUCAGACGAGAUGACAUUAUCAUUGUUGAAGGUGAUAUGGAUGAUGAUGGUUUUUAUAAGGGGAGACUCCGAGACAAAGAAGGACUAGUGCCGUCAAAUUUUCUGGAGGAAAUCACAGAAGAACAAGCUAUAUCUUUGAAGCAAAAAUCUGAUAAUAAACCGGAGAAGAAAAGUGUGGUGGACACGAGCACUAACUCAAUAUUAUCUCCAGUUCCUAAACCAAUACCAAGGCCAAACCAUAGUAAUGCGACAAAUUUACGAUCAGCUUCAUCAUUACCGUCAUCCUAUUCAACAACAAGUAAUAAUGUUAAUCCAAAUAGAGUUGAUAAUGCUGUUUCCCAACGGAAAAAGGGAAGCUUUAUUUCGAAAGGCAAGAAAUUAUUCAAAAAACUAGGUGGAUCUCAAGAUGGAAAACAUCGACGAUGAUUUAUUGAAGACGAUAGGCUGAAGUUCAGUGUGAAGUUACAGCAGCAAGAGAGCAAUCAAGGGCAGGAUUUAUAGAAGGGGUCACCUUUGCUAUUCUACUGGAUAAAGAUGGAUGAAUAAUUGUUGAACAUUUAUCAAUUUUCAAGCAGAAAAUGUUAAUUAGUUGUCGAAUUUUGUAUCCAACAAUAGAAUUUAUUAGUGAGAAAAAAUAUAAAUGGCUUUGCUCUGUAACUUAUGUAGUAGCGAAAACCUUUUAUGAUAGUUAAUUGGGCAGAAAUUGAAGCAGAUUGUCGCAGUUUACUAUAAAUAAAUCAAUGAUGCAAUCUUUAUUGACCAUUCCUCUUGAUUACAUAUUUACAAGUACAACUCUCAGAUCCAAUUUUAAUUAAAAACUGCAUAGUGUGCAUCAAGUGGUCCUUUCUUGGAAAAAAAAAACAUUUCUCAAUAAUUUAACUUGAUUGAAUUAAGAUUUGAAGUCUAUUUUCUGUAUAUAUUUCAUAUAUAUUGUAUCAGAAUAUAUUGUUCUAAAUAUAUAUUGUUCUCUAAUAUAAGCAAAUUUUAAAUUAUUCACACACAUUUAAUGUUCAUGUGUAAAGACAUCGGUCGUCUCUUCUUGUUGCUUUUUAUUUGCAUAUACAACUUAUACUUACCUUUUAAUUUUGUUUAUCAUUAUUAUUAUUAUGUUGUGUUCGUUUGGAUGUUGAUCAUGUAUGAAUGUGCAUGGCCGCUCUCAUUUCUUUCAGUUGGGGAACUAGACAAGCAAUAAGACAGAAAAAGAAAACUCAAUUCAUGUUGAUUCAUUUUUUAAUUCUCGAUAUACUCGUUUCGAAUGGGAUUAAGUGUACUUCGUGUGAGCUCAAUUGCUAGUUGGAAGUUUAGUUUGGGUCUUGGCUGCAAAACGAAGAUGUGGUGUAAUAAAUUGCAUUGGCUAUUCUGAUGUUAAAAGAUUCUGUUCUUACCAAACUGAGUAGUUAUCGACAUCGAAUUGUAUGCAUGUAUAUAUAGACUUAUUCAGUGCAUAGUGUUUAUUCUUUCAUUUAAAAUGAAUUCACUGGAAAUACUUAUUAUUAUCAUGUUGGGAUAACCAAAUUUUCUGUGAGUGUUAAUCGAUUCUUUUUUCCAUGACUAUUUUUUUUAUAUGUUUGUAUUUACAUUUUAUCUACGGUACAUUCCAAUUUUAUACAUCAAGAUACACUAACCACUUUUGCACAAAAGGUCCAAGCACUGUUUUUGUUAUCGGACGUUGAUUCUAGCAUUAGCAUUCUAUAGUACUUUGGACACCAGUGGGUCACCCAUAUUGCUAAAUUCUAAAUUCGGUGUUUUGUACCGCAGUAUUAUUGAGAGAAGCUCUUCUGUUAAUUUCGUUUUCUUUUUUGAUAAUAAAUGUUUCUAUAAUGACGAAAA